AUGUUUAUGAAAAAAUGCACAGUCGAAAAAGUACCAGACCCUCCUCCGCCUGACCUAUGCAAACUUCAGCGCAUAAGAAAAAAACAAAAAGCUGGUAUUAAAAUAUGUCCCAAACCACCACCCCCUCAGCCAGAACCUCCGCCUACUUGUUUUGGUAUUUGUAUAGAAAAGGUUAAAAAUCCUCCAUUACCACCGAAAACGCAAGAUUUUCCAAUAGUCUGCACUGUAGCAAGAGAAAUUACAACAGAAGACAGGUGUGACGCAAUUAAAUGGGCAACAGCUGCAAAACCCGAUCUUCCUUGGCCAAGUUGUCCACCUCCACCACCAGCUCCAGAACCGCCGAAACGUGACCCUUGUGAAGAAUUAGAAAGACGAAAAAGAAUAGCUCGAUGCAAAGAAAGAAUGAGACGAUACUACGACUAA